UCUUAAACAUGUUGAACUUCGCUACCAAAGGUGUUUUAAUUUUGUUAGUAAUUGGGAUUUCGAAAACAAAUGGCGCGUGCUGCGGUCGUGGCGAUCAUGGAUUUUGUCAAGAUUGUGCCAAGGUGAGCAUUUGGGAAAGACAAAAAUGUUGUGGCCUGACAAGUGGUAACAAAAGUGGAGGAUGCAAUAUAUUUUGUUGCAAUUGUAUAUGUGCUCAUGGACAUCCUAUUAUCACCUACAAGAGAUACUUGAAAGAGGGCGAAACAAGCCGCUACACUUGUAAGCAAGACGUUCAUACCGUUCCUCACGGUGAUGUUGACAGAUACAUCGACCACGAUUCCAAGAAAAGCGCUUGGGAAGUUUUCAACAGCGUCGAUCAAGACCAGGAUCUCAAAAUCAACCGCAAUGAGUUUUUCGACGCUAUGAAAGCUCGCUUGUCAGAUGACAAUGAUGAUGCUGACCUAUUCGCAUCUCAUCUGCUGGAUACCGAUUUCCUCGACACAAUAUCCGCCUAUUUAGAUGCUGAUGAUGAGGUGGUUCAUGAUACUGUGAAGGAACGUGCCAUGCGUUCAAUUUUCCAGGAGUUUGAUAAAAUGGAUGUGGAUGAAGACGGGUAUAUCCAGGCUGGUGAAUUCGACAAAGAUUUAAAAUAAACCAAAAGUUAUAUCCUAUUGCCAGAAAUUUCAUUUUAAAUUGAACCAAAUUUCAUUUUAAAUUGAAUCAUGAACAGAGAAAAUUUCAUUUCCAUAAUAUAAUAUGAUAGGUUACUUUUUGUACAUAUAUAUACCAAUUAAAAAGAAUCUUAGAAUGAUUGAUAAAAAUCUUUUCCGGCUUUAAUUCUUGAGAAAAUUGUUUUCGUAGCUUGAAACGAUUUUAGACCCUCGUUUUCAGGCCGUAACCGCUAGAUGUUAUGAUCUAACUUCAGAUUUCUUCAAAUUGCAGAACCCCUCCCUUUAAAAAUUCAUGGCUAACAUUGGAAGUUAACGAUAAUUUUAGUGCUAUUUCAAUAUUAUUUUAUAUAAUGAUUAUUUUGAGCUUGUCGGUGUGAUUUAGAACCAGUCCAAUCAUUCAAUGAUAGUUGGUCACAGACCUUUCGAUUAUAGAAAUUAUAGAAAAUCUUAAG